AAAAUAACAAUUGUUGAUUGAACUCCUGUAAAAGAAAUUGAAAUUUAAAACUCUUAAACAAUUCAGUAUCCCCAAAAAUGGCACGAUUAUCACACACUCGCUCCAAAUCAGGCAGCCAGAAGAAAACAAAAGUAAAACGAGCUCCAAAACGUUGCAAUUAUUGCAAAAAUCAUGUAAAGGAAGAAGUGCUCGAGAGAGGUCAUGGAACAUGUGAAUUCAACAAUCAUGAUCAUUUCGAAAAGUGCAGACCAUGUGAGAGAAACUACAAUAAAACUAGAAUCGCACGAAAAUUUCGAGACAAAAAAUUGUCAGAGAAAAAUGUUGUUCAAAGUGGAAGACGCAGGCGAUCAGGCACACCAGAUAAAAAUGAAAAAUUGAAGGAAAUAAUUAUUAAUUUAGAAAGUCAAGAAGACAUUAGUGCAGUCGAAACUAUUAUGGCAAUGGAUGAAGAGAUUAUUGGAUGGAAUGGAGAAUUUUGUGAAGAUCUUUUUGUUGACAACAAUGGCGUCGCAUUUUCAUCAAACAAUACAAUCACAGAUACUUCGAACUUCCUACAAGCUUUUAACUACCCAAUGAUCAUUAAUGACACAGACUUUCCUGUCAAUAUGUCUGAAAUGAAUGAACAGUUCCAAAAUGAAUAUUCACUAAUUAUUCUGCCAACAACUUAUCCAAAUGACAUCCUUUAUCCUGAUAAUGAGAAAGAUAUGAUAAAUUUGAUUGAAAAUGUAUCAGAAGAGCUGGAAAAAGUGAACAAAGAAAGAUUAAAGAUUCAAUAUAAAGCUCUUGAAGUUGGUCGAUGGAAAGUCGUUUGUCUUGAUGAAUAUACCCGUGACUUAUUCACACAUGAAGUGUUAAAAUGGGACAUAAAGAAAAUUGAAUCUGAUGAUUAUCUCAAAUUAAAAGUCAUUCCAGAAAAUAAACUCCCGAGAUACAUUAAAGCCUCAUGUAUUCUUAAGAAUCUAAUAAAUGAACAAGAUUUCCUUCCAUCAAUCAUAUCUGGUGGUCAACUGAAUGCAUCAAGAUGGUCUGUCGAUAAAGUUGAACCAUUUGGUGAGCAAUUUAAAGUAUUUUUCGGUAUCGAUCCUAAAAGUUAUCGAUAUUUGUACACUGAUGCUUAUUGGCUAAUUGUUAAGAAUGAAUAUGUGAAAGUUAAUAUUGAUUCGAAUCCAUUUUCUGAAGAGAAUUCGGUUAUAAACGUUUAAAUAACAAUUUUAUAAACUUUAAUGACAGACUUUUAGAAAUUUUGCUUGAAAAAUCUUUGUGUUUUUCUAUGCCUCGCUUAGGAACUGAAUAACUCAAACUCCUUGGUUUUAUAUGUCAAGAUUUGGAUAUGUCAGCGAUAAUGUGCUGGCCAGAGUUGAGUUUGAAGUGGAUGAAAUUUUGUAUGGAGUCGACUCUGAUCCCAAGAUUGAGGCUCUGAAUAAUAAGAACCAAUUAACAUAUUAAGCUAAACAAAAUGAAUAAGUUUGAAGCAUUGACAACCG